AAAAAUAAUUUCAACCAAGGCAAUAAUGGAUAAACAAACGAACAGAUGUAAAGGCUACGGUUUUGUAGAUUUUGACUCUGCAUCAGCAGCUCAGAAAGCAGUGGUUGCGCUACAAAGUCAAGGAAUACUCGCACAAAUGGCCAAGCAACAAGAACAAGAUCCCACCAAUCUGUACCUGUCCAACCUUCCCAAGAGCUACGAUGAGAAAGAGCUGGAGAACAUGCUAUCGCCUUACGGUCACGUCAUCAGUACCCGGAUACUAAGAGACAGCCAAACGCAGCUCAGUAGAGGGGUGGGAUUUGCAAGAAUGGAAUCUAAAGAGAAGUGUGAAGAAGUGAUCAAGCGUUUUAAUGGUUACCUAGUACCUGGCCAGUUAGAGCCCUUACUAUGCAAGUUUGCCGAUGGUGGCGUCAAGAAAAGGAACCAAUACAACAAGCAGCAGCAGCAACAGACGGCAGGAGGCAUGUGGCAAGCACAGCGGCCCGACCAAAGCCAGCUAUCGUACGAUUCCGUGUACCAGAGGAAUGGCCACAACCUUGGUAACACCGUGGUAGCCCACCAGAUGAUCCAAUCUCCAUACACCCUAGGCUCACAACCCAUGGCUUAUCCCAUCCAAACCAACACGACAGGCUGGAUGCAGCCUUCUGCCUCGCCCUACAUCGUACACACUCCAGUUAGCUCACACAUGGGUGGUUCUAUCAUCACACAGUCCCCAGGUAUGGAACAUGGACUAGGGAUGCAGAGUACAGCUAUGAUGCCACAGAUUACACAUCAAAUGAACCAACUUCAACUUGCUGGAUCGUACAUGCCUGCAACCCCCUACACCCAUAUGGGCCAGCAGACAUACGCCCAUGGGACCACGGUUCUUCAACCUGUUGCUGUAGAGGAGAUGUCUAGUGUCUCAGUACCAUAUGAUGCCUCACAUUCAACCCCUCAAACCUCCCACCCGUCUUCACCUCAGGAGCAAGUUGAGGACAUGCACGCCCAGGGACAACCCCAGCAGUAUUAUGCAGCCGCGCCGGUGGUCACGGCCCACGCCAAAUAGAGAGACAGAUGCAGAAGGGGACAUCAAUUUUGUCUUAAUGCCGUCCCGUCCUAUUAAACAGAAAACACACUCCAAAGCAAUCAAGUAGAAGAUGGUAUCGCCAGGAAAUAGCUGUAAAAUAAUUGUAACUAUGACCUUUGACCUCUACCUACAAGCAAAAUUGCUGCUAUGGGGUGUAUAUAACAUUAUCAACAUUCUCCCCUUGGAAAG